UUAAACCAUGAUGCUACCAUCCUCCUAAUGGGUAUACCCAAAUAUAUAUUUGCAGAGAUACAUGUGGAUGACUCUCAUAUUACACUAAAUGUCUGCCUAGGCAAACAAUUUACUCAAGGUCAAAUGUUCUUUCUUGGUAGUCGUUGUGGGUACCAUGUCAAUUCAGAACCACAACUCCAGGAAAUAUUUUCGUAUUCUCAUGUUGUUGGACAAGCCUUGCUAUACCAUGGUCGCCAUCGACAUAAAGUAUGCCCAACAUCUGGAUUUAGGGCUAACAUGAUCAUGCAGUGCAAAAGUUCAUUGUUCAAGGAGGUGACAAAAUGCAAGAUAGAUUUUCCUGACUGGUGCAUCGAAUGCCUAAAAGAAAACAACGUGUGCAAACAUAAUAUGCCGAUACCAUGA